GGAUGGGAAACCAAUUGGACAGGGAACCAUUUCCCACGUCACCGUUCCUGUCAGAAUGAACGUCAGCGCUCUGCACUCUGAGGAGCUCAGUGUGUCCUAGGUUAUCAACCUCCGCUCAUGCCAUGGUCAGCUGAACCUUCUGAUAUCCCUGCAGUAGAUCAGUGGAUGCGCCGUAGCGAGGAGGUGUGGGAGGAGACUCACAGACGUAUAGAAGCCGUGUUAGAACAACACAAACAGCAGGCUGAUCGUCAUCGUCGUGAGGCCCCGCUCUACUCCCCAGGAGAUCGCGUUUGGCUAUCUACCAGGGAUUUCCGGCUCCCCGAAGGCAACAAAAAAUUAUCAGUUAAGUUUAUUGGCCCUUUUAAAAUAAUCAAAAGAAUCAACGAAGUUACAUACCGUCUUGAAUUACCUUCUAAUUAUCGUGUCUGUCCUUCUUUCCAUGUUUCUUUACUUAAGCCGGUUAUCCCUGGUCCGCUGGAUGAGACCUCGCAUGGGAUGCUGCCUCCUCCGCCUGUGCUCAUGGAUGGUGGACCCGUCUACGCGGUGGAGCGCCUGUUAGACUCCAGAAGGAGGAGGGGAGCCCUGGAGUACCUGGUUGAUUGGGAAGGCUACGGACCUGAGGAGAGAAGCUGGGUUACUGCAGCAGACGUCCUUGACCCAUUGUUGGUGGAAGAAUUCCAUCGGUCGCAUCCGUCUUGUCCAGCACCACGCCCUCGGGGUCGUCCAAGGAGGAGGUCUCCUGACCCUGGAAGGGGUAGGCGCUAUAGGUCUGCUGCUACUCGGUCUCUCAGUUCCGUCCGCGGCUCCAGGAGGGGUCGUCCCAGGACCAGGGGUCGUCCCAGGACCAGGGCUCCUGUUCAGGCUAUCCCCGCUUCGGGUUCUCGUGUCCGUCGGGCCUCCGGGCGGAGAGGGGCGGUUCCUGUGUGUCGUCCUCGUCCUUCGGUUCUUUCGGACUCCUCGGGGGGAGGUACUGUCAGGUCUCUAGGAUCUCCUCUCACACACCCGAACUCUAUUUCCCAAAAUCCCACUGGCCAUGACGUCACCGUCAGCCGCUCACUCUCACCCAAUCGCGUUACGCUCCCCCGUUCAGAGUCACCUGUAUUCUAAGAAGUUCCGGUUCAUAGUAAUUCCAUGUUUUGUAUAUAUAGG